ACCGCCCUAUGUGCAUCUUGUUGUGGUAGAAUGUGUUACUAAACUUGACCAUAAAUGUUGUCAGCCAGUGGUUUGAGUGGAGUUAAAAGAAAUAAUUUCGAAAACUACGCCUGCAAUGGCAGCGACCUGGGUUUUUCUCGUGCUCGGUGCGAUGACAAGCGUCAGUGCGGUGUUCGUGCUCGAGACGGAAAUCGAAUCAACAACUUAUGCCAUUAGUGCGGACGAGGACGAACACCUAUCGAGUGUCUCUGCGUACGACCAACCACCGACAACCAAGACAGGAUCGUGCACUUUAGAGCCUGACCGCUCCCAUCCCGUGAUAUCGUCCGAGUUGCUCCACGAAAGCUGUCCUCUUGGUAGACUGAUAGAGCACUUGCAUCUCUCGACCCAAGCGCACACGGUGCACCAGGAUGCGUUCCGGUCUUUCGAACGUUUAACCACACUUUGGCUCGACAAUAAUCUGCUGACCGAGGUGCCGGUCGAUGCGUUUGCCGGUCACCUGCCACGCCUGAAGUCACUGUCGAUGCGUAACAACCAGUUGCAAACGAUACGUGGCGACGAGUUCCAGCCAGUGGUCUAUUUGGAGUGGCUCUCACUGAGCGAGAAUGAGAUUACGUUCGUACACCCUGCUUCGUUCAAUUCGCUGGAAGGCUUAACGUUCCUUAAUCUGAGCUGGAAUCAAAUCACAGCUCUCGAUGGGAGGUUGCUGCAACCGUUACGACAUCUGAAAGUGCUCGAUCUUAGUUACAACAGUCUUGCUACGCUGAAUCCGGGACUGUUGGUGAUGGCCGGUGAGCUAGAAGAGUUACGCCUGCGAGGGAAUCUGCUAGACACUCUUCAUCGAAACGCGUUUGUCGCUCUGAAGGAGCUUAAAUAUGUCGAUUUGUCGUACAACUUCUUCCGAACACUCCCAGAGCGGUUUCUUGGUUCUAAUCGAAGGCUGAAAGAGCUACAUCUCGAGGGGAAUCUCUUAAAUAGGGUGGAACCAGCGUAUGGGUUGACUGAGUUGAUGUGCUUGAAGCAUCUGGACUUGAGUAAUAAUAGGAUCGAGUCGGUAGCCAAUGAAACGGUGUUUCCUCAGACUCAGACGCAGCUCCUAUAUCUGAAUUUACAGGGAAACAGAUUGCAACAAAUUUCUCCACUAGUACUGCAAACGACGGAGCUAUUACUACAAAACAACCGGUUGCAAGCUGUUCGAAGAAUCAAAGGACCUUCAAAUCGUCAGCCCGUGCAGAGUCUGAUGCUUUACGGAAAUGUGAUCGAAAGGAUCGAACAGGAUGCCUUUCAAGAUCUGGUGUUGCUCGAAGCACUCUACCUGGACAAUAAUCACAUUACGGAGCUACCACCAUUACUAUUCAAGACGAACGAUCAUCUACAACAUGUCACCUGUAGCUACAAUCGGUUGACGAUCCUCAAAACGAAUACCUUCGCCGGGCUACCAAGGCUUCACUCGGUUGAUCUGUCACAUAAUGCUUUAACAAACAUUGAGUUGGCCACCUUUCACGGUUCACCGAUUCGUUACCUGAAUCUCAACGGCAAUCACCUCACGAAGCUAGAUGGACGAGCCCUAUCGGGCACUAAACUCCACUAUUUGCAUGCCGAUUCGAAUGAUAUCGUAUCACUAGAGGAUCUGGGACCGAGCGUAUUUGACGAGCUGCAGGAGCUUUCAUUGCGUGGAAAUCGAAUUGAUUCAAUCAGUGAGAUUUGCACCGAGCACCAAUAUCCUAUGCUUACAAUGCUUGAACUGUCCAAUAAUUUGCUGCAUUCCGUUGAUCAGAACUGCCUUAUAAAUCCCUUGGUAAGAAUCGGCCAGGCCGUUCCCAUAAGCAUCGGUCUCAGGCAUAACAAUUUGAGCGAUACUCCUCCAUUUAGUGGUCCAGUGUUUGCUCUCGACCUCACGGGGAACAGCAGGCUCGAGCUACAGGCCAACCACUUCCGAGCGUAUGAGAGCACGGAAAAGCUUCUUCUUCGAGACGUUUCGAUUCGGAUUCUGUCUGUAAACCAUUUCAGUUUCCUGCCUGACUUAAAACACUUGGAAGUUGGUUCGAAGGUGCUGGAAAGAAUUGAGGACGAUGCUUUUUAUCAACUGCGACUAGAACAUCUUGCCAUCAGCGGCUCACUGAUGACUGUUAUAUCCUCAGAGUUGCUAAAAGGCCAAUACCAACUACAAACGGUUUCAUACGCGCACAAUAGACUCUCCAGCCUUUCAUCCGACACAUUCUGGGGCAGCCAGCAGUUGGUGGAGAUCGAUCUUUCGUUUAAUGAACUCGCAACCAUCGAUCCUUUGUGGUUUAAGAAUUUGAUCAACCUGAAAGUAAUCAACCUAGAGAGCAACAGAUUCACCACAAUACCAGGACACCCGGCACUGAAGGAAAGGUCCCUAGAGGCAUUAAAUGUUGCCAACAAUUCGAUCACCUGCAUCCUAGAUGGCAGCAUGCUGAUGCAGAUACCGAUUCAAUCACUAAACAUAUCACACAACAACCUAACCGACCUAGAGCUACUGAAUCGGAACACCAACAUUACUCUGCUGGACGUUUCGUGGAACCAGUUGACUCAUUUGGAACUUCAACCACACUACCGAACGCUCAUUGCCAGCUCUAAUCAAAUCCAAUCUCUUCAAUGGGCGUCCAGCGAUUUAAAGUUUCACCUACAGUGCCUAGCAUUAGCGGAUAAUCUGUUGACGGAGGUCGAUCAGCGACUGUUCACGCUGCGAUUCCUGCAAGCGUUCGAUCUGUCGGAGAACAGGCUGAGUAGCUUUCCGUUCGAGCAACUCCAUCAUCUGAAGCUCCUCCAGGUACUGGAUGUGUCGCGAAACAACAUUCGGCGGCUGCCCGACCAAACUGUGCCAUACUUUAGAGUUUAUUCGCUUGAUUUGUCCGAAAAUCCGUUCGAUUCAUUACCGGAUCGAUUGCUCAAUUCCAGUGCCGUACAAAGUCUCACCGUAGAUCACAGAUUAGUGUGAUGGGAAGUGCUCCUCUUGUAGAUUCAAAAUAAAACGCAGAACUAGUGGGUAAACCAAAAAUGAAUAGCCGUACUCCGGGCACAUCGCAGGAUCUCUAGAGCCAUUAAAAGUGUUUAGAAACAUUUUCCCGAACUGUCAUUUAGCUGUGCUUAUGCAAAACUGAUGACCAUAUCUACCGUACCGCAUCAAUGAGAUGGACGCAGGACGUAACCGGAGACAGUUACUGUCCGUGGAGAUGUAAAGACUCCAUCAGGGGAUUCCCUAACGAUUUAGUCCGCUUUGUGGGUCCGCUGUGGAGGCCCUGGAGGUUCACAAACUUUAUCCCGCUCUAGACUCUCCAGCGAGACCAUCAUCAAGCGCUGGCGAUCGAUGAAGCUUACGUAACGAGAAAACGCCUGAAGCAAUCAGGUCCUGCAGCUGCUGUCGUCCUCCCUGACUAGAAGGCUGGACGGAUAGGCUAAACGGGUCUGUGGACCCCUUGUGACAGCCCGUAGACAGCGCGCUAGGGCAAGUUGAGAAACUUCCAUUACUAUCAAUCACUCUGCAGCGGUUGUGGCAGGAGAGGCAGGACUAGAGCGAGAGAGAGGAUCUGGGGUUGUUCCCCAUUUGCGAACAACAGUCGCUUUACACUGUCGCCUUCGUUGCUGGUGCUACC